AUGCUUUGGAUCGUCGUUUUGCUCUUCGCCGCCGCCUAUGCCCAAUAUGGUGUUCCACAACAGCCACCACAAUAUGCUUAUCCACCAUUUGUCAUUGAUAACUACGUUUGCUCGGCGGAUGUCAGCUAUCCGGUGUUCAACGCGCAUCGCGGAAGGAAAUAUAGAGGAUCAAAACAGAACUUCUGCUUAGACACCUAUCGCGAUGGAGGAUGCGAGACUUGCUGUCGAAUGGCCGCCCGUAUUGAAGGAACCAAUAUUGAUGAGGCCGACAUCCUUGGGUUAACCAUUGUCCGCAACAAGAAGUCCAUUUGCAUUUGCUGUGCUCCGAAUAAUGCCGGUGGCGAUGCGGCGACUUAUGGGACGCAGACGGUUGCCGAUCCUGCUGCAAAUACUAAUAUGGAGAACAACGCCUCAAUUGGAUAUUAA